CGAGGUCGCCAACGCGAGUGUCUUUCCCGGAAAUGACGUAGUGUUGUUGUUGUUCCAGGAAAAGGACACGGGCAAGCGCCGAACUGCGUCGACAUUGGCUUUUAUGUUACAUUUGCAUUUCAAUCGCUGUUCAAACAUGGCAACUGGUUUUAUCCAAUGUUGACUGAUUCAUGGCGCUGAUCCUGGAAGGACUUUCAUUAGACAACAACAUGGACACAUCAAACUUUGCCCACGUCAUCUUCCAGAAUGUAGGGAAAAGCUACCUGCCUCAUGCUGCCCUGGAGUGUCACUAUACCCUCACACAGUUCCUCAAACCACAUCCAAAGGACUGGGUUGGCAUUUUUAAGGUUGGCUGGAGCACCGCAAGGGACUAUUACACAUUCCUGUGGUCCCCCCUCCCUGAGAACUAUGUGGACGGCACCGCAGUCAACAGAACAGUGGUCUUUCAGGGAUAUUACGUGCCCAAUGAUGACGGCGAGUUCUACCAGUUCUGCUAUGUGACCCACAAAGGGGAGAUUCGGGGAGCCAGCACACCUUUCCUGUUUCGUGCCAACAGCCCUUCAGAGGAAGAGCUGUUGACCGUGGAGGACGAAUGUAACUCUGAUAUCCUGGUAGUCACCACCAAAGCUGACUUUCUUGAGCAAAAGGUGGAAGAAAUCCAGAGAGAGAAAGAUGAGCUGGUCAAAAAGGUGGCUGUGCUGCAGCAGGAGAUGGAGCAGUUGAAAACAGCCAAAGAGAGCCUGCAGAAGGAGUGUGAGCACGAGAAGGAGAACUGUGCCGUGAUGAAAAGAGAGAAUCAAGAGGUGCAAAAUUCUGCUAUGGCCUUGCAAGAAGAAAAAGAGGAAGUUAAGAGAAGGCUGGAGGAGGCCACAUCCAGGGUGUUACAGCUGGAAGAGGACCUUAUUGGAGUGACCCAGAGAGGCUUGCAAAAGGAAACUGAGCUGGACUGCCUGAAGGAUCGAAUGAAGAAGCUCACUACAGAGAAGGAAAAUCUCGAGUCUCAAUUAAAAAAUGAGAGGGAUGAGAAGGAACUUUACAAGAUUCACCUGAAAAACCGUGAGUUGGAGAACACGAAGCUAAGUGCGGCGCUGCAGAAGCUAAAGUCGGUGGAUGUAAACAAAGACGACACCAUUGCUCAGUGUAAAGAGGAAGUGGAACGCCUGCAGAUGUGCCUUACAGAGAAGGAGAAUCAGUACAGAGAAAUCAUGGCCAAGGUUUCUCAUUUGGGAGAUCUGAAAGCCCUGAAGGAGCAACUGCGGCAGAAAGAGGAGCAACUCCAGGCCAACCAGCAGCAGUCCUCUCUGUUGGCCGCCGAGCUGAGGGAUGCGUCGAGCACCCGUGAUCGCACCAUGUCCGAAUUGUACCAUAUGAAGCUGGAGGCAGAUGCCCUACGUCAAGCCAAAGCCGAGGCUCAGGCUCACUGUGAUCGCCUGCAGAGCCUGGUAGAGCAGAUGAAGGCAGAGGCCAAACAUGAAGCCGCCAAAGCAGAGGAAGACUUGUGUGGCACAGACCCAGCUCUUGUAGCAGAGCUUCAGAGAGAGGUGGAGGACCUGAAGCUGCGGCUGCACAUGGCAGCAGAGCAUUAUAAAGAGAAAUACAAGGAGUGUACACGGCUGCAAAAGCAAGUGCUGAAACUGUCCGAGCAGCAAGGGGAGCAGAAGAGAGGCUCAACACAAGAGCUGAUGACUGUGCCUGCAUCAGUUAGUCCAGACACAUCAGUGCCAGGGAGUCCUGAUUCUGAAGUUCCCUUGCUGGAGGCCAUCCAGGAGAAGCUGAAAGGCAUCAGUAGAGACGUUUUCGACAGGAACGAUAAAUACAGAAAAUACAAACAGAUGUUGUUGGAGGAGAAGGAGCGGAGCUGCAUGUUUGCGGAUGAACUCGCCAAGAUGGAGGUGAAAUAUAAGGAGCAACUGAAGGUUAACGACAACCUGAAGCUGCAGUUGGCCUCAGAGGAAGACCGCUGCAAGAGCCAGGUAGCCCAGAAAGGGCGCGAGCUUAAGGAUCUGAAGGAAACACUAGCUCUUGUUGUGAAAGAGAAGGAAAAACUGGAGGAGAGUCAGAAGAACCCCAACAAGGGCGAGCAUGGGGCCAGUGGCAAAAGUAGUCCAGAGAAAGUUCAACCCAGUGUGCCUUUAUUCCUGCAAUACCGCUACCCUUAUACCCUGGAUGCUCCCACCCCGCUGUUGGUGUCUCAGAGCCCCUCAAAGCUGCACUUUGGGAACCCUUACUCCGUCCCUGAAUCAAAAGACGAAGACGAUGAGGAGCUGUCAGAUGAGCAGCUGCUUUGUCUCCCCCCCACGGGCCCACCCUCAUGGGAUAGCAACGUUGUGUGUAUCCAACCCACACGUAAUCAGGCCCGCCCCGAUGGCCACGAGGAGGCGGAGGAUAAGCCGAGCAACACCAACAACAACGUUAACAACGCCAACGAAAAGUCGACCACAACCGGAUCCAACAACCUCUUUGAGAACGAUGGACAGAGUCCAUUUUGCUUCGAUGGCAGCAUGAACAUGAAGCGAUGCCCGCUCUGCGAGGUCAUCUUCCCGCCCAACUACGACCAGUCCAAGUUUGAGGAGCACGUCGAGAGCCACUGGAAAAUCUGCCCCAUGUGCAGCGAGCAGUUCCCGCUGGACUGCGACCAGAAGGCUUUCGAGAACCACGUGCUCACACAUUUCGACGGGAAUCCGCUCGAAUUCGACUAGUCAGCGCCGACACGGAGAUUCUUCUUCUUCUUGCAUGAACCGCUGAUCUUGCUUUCACAGAAAGGUUUUAAUCAGUGUGCAUCUUAGAAAUACUUUGAUCAAUAUUAUUUUCUUUUUUUCCGUUCUAAUUGAAACCAGUCAACAGGAAGAGAACAUCUUACAAUAUAUGUGCACCUUUAUUUUAGAUCUCUGGACUUAUUUUCUAUCUUUGUGACUAUUCUAGUCAUCAUUUAGUCAUCGCGUGCUUCUUUUCAAUUCUCUCUUCGGGUUUUAGUUAUUUGUUUUCCCUGUUAAGUAAACCAAUAAAGUUUAAAACAUCAGAA